AUGAGUUUAAAACCCUUCACCUAUCCGUUCCCAGAGACGAGAUUUUUCCACACAGGACUCAGUGUGUAUAAAUUCAAAAUCAGAUAUGGCAACAGCAUCAGAGGGGAAGAGAUAGAAAAUAAGGAAGUGAUCAUCCGGGAGCUGGAGGAUUCUGUUCGUGUGGUCUUGGGAAACUUGGACGACCUGCAGCCGUUUGCUACAGAGCACUUCAUUGUCUUUCCCUAUAAAAGCAAAUGGGAGAGCGUUUCCCACCUGAAAUUCAAACACGGGGAAGUUGUCUUGGUCCCCUACCCAUUUGUUUUCAUUCUCUACGUGGAGAUGAAAUGGUUUCCUGAAAACCUGUCACCUGGACAAGAAGUAACGGACGGUUCUCUUGGGUUGGUGCUGCCUGAGGAGAAAUCACCAGGAACCAUGAUGAGGAAGCGAAGACGCGCAGAGGGCUCCAGCCCCCCCAGGACGCCAGGGCUGGACAGCGGCCCUGUGAUGCACACGCUGAUGACUUCUGUUGAAAGCCCCUCGCUGCUGGCUCAGCUGGCUGCUGGCCGCUCUGCAGUUGUGAUAGGAGCCCAGGUCUAUAUUGGACUGAGCACGGCCCCACUCGGGUGUCAUGUCCCUGUGGACCCUGCCUUCGCUCACCUUGCCUACCCUGCAGCGGCGCCCUCCGCGUUCACAGCCCGCUGCGUAGACCUGUUUGUAGCCUCACUACACUGCCGUGUGAACAGGGAAAGGAAAAGCCAGCAGGAACGGCAGGAGACCCCAGUGUUCGACAGCAGUGAUGUCCGGGAACAGGGUUCUGAGUGCGGGGACAGCCAGGCAGGGCCGCUGGCUCCAUCCCCGUCACCGCAGCGGAACACUAUUUCUUCCGAAGGAGCAGCCCGUGAGCCCGCCUUCCUGCUGCACUGCGUCCUGGAGAGAGGAGCACCUCCUGAGGGGCCCGCCUACUCCGCCCCCCUUAGGACAGCGCGGUGGGAUGUGGAGGAUGAGACCCUGGCAGCCGCCCCUCUCGUCGGUGGCAUCGACCACACUCUUCGAGGCGCGCAGCCGUUCCCACCCUCCUCCUCUGAGGUGUUCCUCCCCAGCACCAGGGAGUGGGAGUUGACAGUUGACAGACUGCAGCGCCUCCGGCCUCCAGCUCUGAGCAGCCCUUCUGAGCGGAUGGACGGCUGCAGAUCGGGAUUUGAAAUCAGCCCUGACGUCGACCAGCUGUGUGACUGUGAAUGCCUUUUCUUCCUGGAGCUGUAG